AUAAGAAGCGUAAAGUGCUUCUUCUGAGCUCGAGUUGCCGCUGCAAGUGAGAAACCCUAACCCUAGGUAGCUGAAAAUGCCGGCCGGCCAUGGUCUGAGAUCUAGAACCCGCGAUCUGUUUUCGAGGCCGUUCAGGAAGAAGGGUUAUAUCCCGCUCACCACCUAUCUGAGGACUUACAAGAUUGGGGAGUAUGUGGAUAUCAAGGUGAACGGAGCUGUCCACAAGGGUAUGCCCCACAAGUUCUACCAUGGCCGCACUGGUCGUGUCUGGAACGUCACCAAGCGCGCCAUUGGCGUCGAGGUCAACAAGCAGGUUGGGAAUAGGAUAAUCAGGAAGAGGAUCCAUGUUCGUGUGGAGCAUGUUCAGCCAUCUAGAUGCACCGAAGAAUUUCGAUUGAGGAAAGUGAAGAACGAUCAGCUAAAGGCAGAGGCUAAGGCAAGAGGAGAGGUCAUUAGUACAAAGAGGCAGCCAGAAGGUCCUAAGCCUGGCUUCAAGGUGGAAGGAGCUAAAUUGGAAACAGUUACUCCCAUUCCCUAUGAUGUUGUUAACGAUCUCAAGGGUGGCUAUUAGAGUUGUUCCUGUUUUUCCCUUUUUUUUUGUUUUUUUCUCUUUUUUUCUUUUACAUCUUCCUGUUUUUGCAACUGAUAGAGCUUAUUGGACAUGUUUAUGUUUUGAGUACAAUUUCAUUUGAAUAUGGAAUUGAUAAAAUCUUUGGAGGUACAUUUUUGUUUCAGACUGUUAACUUUAAUACUUAGUAAUAUGUUUGCUAUUGAAAAAUUAAAUUAUAAAUUUGUCUCUUUUGCCGUA